AUGCCUACUGCUGCUGGAUUAUUAUUAAGUUCUGUCUUUGGCGCAUCUGCCAGACUCCUCCAAACCGCCAUGAGUGGCAGCCCAUCCAAACUAUCCUCCAAAAUUAUUGGCUACUCCACAUUCAUGGGCUUUUCCACCGCCAUCUACCUCCUUGUCAUCGACCCAACUAUCCAAAACACAAACCUGCUUUUCGAACGAAGAUUGACCUUGUUGCGUGAACAAAGAGAAAAGAGAGCUGAAUUCUACGACUUUGAACCUGCUACAAAACAACAUCCAUAUAAAAGAGGUGCAUUCACUCAACUUCUUGAUAAAUUCGGUGCUAAAUACUAA